AUGGCGCAAAUUCAUGAACCCGUUCAGGGGGAUCAACAAGUUGAGGUGCAGCCGCCCAAACCGGUGAUCUUCCACGAUGGAGGCCUUAUGAAACGACCUACACCGGCCAACGCUCUCAUCAUCCUACUCUGGUUCCCAUUUGGAAUCAUUCUCUCGGUGCGCUCACUUUCCCAAUGUGGCUCAUACCUUGUGUCAUUCUGCCGAGUCACCGUGAAGGGCAAGCCUCCGCCUAAGGCUGGAAACUCUCGUGGCGUACUCUUUGUAUGUAACCACAGAAGAACUAUGAUAGAUCCGCUUGUGAUAUCUUAUGCCCUCGGACGUAGCAUCCCUGCCGUUCUAAUAUCUGAGCUCUUGCGGUUUUAUGAUAUUUUGAGUCCGGUCCCCAUCGUACGGUUCACCAGAAACCGUGAUGUGGACGCAGUAGUAAUGAUGGAGAAGGAGCUGUCCAAAGGAGAUCUAAUGUACGAGAUUACGUUCCUUGACCAGCUUCCAUUGGAGGCCACUUGUUCAUCCGGCAAUAGCCCAUUCGACGUUGCUAACCAUGUUCAGAGAAUCUUGGCGGAGACGUUAGGGUUCGAAUGCACCCAACUCGGGAGAAAGGCCAAGUACAAUGUUCUCACUUAA